AUGCCUUGCCAAUUUGGGGUUUCCUCGGGAAAGUNGAUUGUUUGCAAAAAGACAUUAACCAAGGAAGAAGCUGCACAAUUCCGAAAGGCAGUCGCAAAAGACUAUUAUUUCCAAAUGUACUAUGAUGACUUGCCCAUUUGGGGUUUCUUGGAGAAAGUGGAGAGGGAAGGAAAAUCUGACCCCAGCGAGUACAGAUAUUAUAUAUUCAAACAUCUCCAUUUUGAGAUCUUCUACAAUAAGGAUUGUGUAAUUGAGAUAAAUGCACGAACUGACCCCAGUGCCCUUGUAGACCUUACUGAGGAUAAGGAAGUUGAUGUGGAGUUCAUGUACUCUGUGAAGUGGAAGGAAACAAAAACUCCCUUUGAGAAGAGGAUGGAAAAGUACUCACAGUCCUCUUUGUUACCUCGACACUUAGAAAUACAUUGGUUCUCAAUAAUCAACUCUUGUGUGACAGUUCUUCUUCUAAUUGGUUUUUUGGCUACUAUUCUUAUGCGAGUCCUUAAGAAUGAUUUUGUCAAGUAUGCUCAUGACGAGGAGACAGCUGAUGACCAAGAAGAAACUGGCUGGAAAUUUAUCAAUGGUGAUGUAUUCAGGUAUCCGAAGUACAAAUCCUUAUUUGCCGCUGCCCGAGGUUCUGGUACCCAGUUAUUUACCCUGUAUAUCCGUAUCCCUCUGACAACAAAAGUAAACAAAAAAGAAACAAAAAAAGAGGUUCGGAAUUUAUUAUUGACUGGAAGUCUAUUUUGUGGACCACUAUUUCUUACAUUCUGCUUCCUUAAUACUGUUGCCAUUGCAUACACUGCCCCUGCAGCACUUCCGUUCGGGACUAUUGUGGUUAUCUUUCUUAUUUGGGCCCUUGUGACAUCACCUUUGUUAGUCAUGGGUGGAAUCGCCGGAAAGAAUAGCAAGGCAGAGUUUCAAGCUCCAUGCCGUACUACAAAUUACCCCCGAGUGAUCCCACCUUUGCCUUGGAUCUAUACUAUCUACAGCAACUUAUUUAUAGUCUUCGUCAUCCUCUUGAUUGUUACUGCUUUUAUCACCGUUGCAUUGACAUACUUCCAGCUUGCCGCUGAAGACCAUGAAUGGUGGUGGAGGUCUUUUCUUUGUGGUGGAUCAACUGGGCUGUUCAUCUAUGCCUACUGCUUGUAUUACAAUUAUGCACGAUCAGAUGUGUCGGUCUUCAUACAAACCUCGUUCUUCUUCGGAUACAUGGCUUGCAUUUGCUAUGGUUUCUUUCUCAUGCUCGGCACAGUUGGUUUCCGAGCUGCACUCUUUUUUGUCCGUCACGCUGAAGCCGCUAUUAAAUGUCAGAUUGCUAGAGAUCUAAGAUUUGAGUGCCGCUGCAACUGGAGAUUGCACCUCCGUCUCCCUGAAAAUAGGGAAGUUGCAAUGCCGACAUUUGAGAUCAAGGAUGGCGCUUGCGCUGCGGCUUCUAUCCGAUCUAUACCGCUGAUGUAG